AUGCCAGAACUCAUUGAUAGACCUCGCUCUGAACUAACACCGGAUGAACUGCAACAGUUGGAGGAGUUUGAAUUCAAGCAUGGUCCCAUGUCCCUUAUUAAUGACGCCAUGGUCGCAAACACACCUGUAAUUAUCUCCCUAAGGAACAAUCACAAAAUUAUUGCCAGAGUCAAGGCCUUUGAUAGGCAUUGCAACAUGGUGUUAGAAAAUGUAAAAGAGCUAUGGACAGAAAAGCAGGGCAAAAAAACCAUUAAUAGAGAAAGAUUUAUCAGCAAGCUUUUUUUGAGAGGUGACUCGGUGAUAAUAAUUCUCAAAGCACCCGUGUAA